AUAAAUCACCAUGACUGAAGAAAACAAGGUCCAAAGCGGUUUUGAAACAUCUGACUGCAAAUCAAACGACUUAUAUUAUCAUUUCAGCUCUUUUGCUAGCACCACAACAGCCCAUGGUAUAUCGUAUCUUGUAAGUUCAAGAACUAACAUAUGCAGAUUCUUAUGGAUACUUGCUAUCUUAGGAUGUCAAAUCGGUUUAUGGAUUCAAAUAACUUCCCUCCUAAACAAGUAUUCAUCCAAGCCAACCACGUCAAAGAUAUGGCUUCAAGAAGAGGUCGCGCCUACAUUUCCAGCAGUGACCAUCUGUUCGUCAAACAUGAUCAAAAAGACCAAACUGACAAAAUUAUUUGAGGUUUUGAACAUAACACUUGGCACAAACACAUACGAUGAUAUCGAAACAACUGUUGGAAAGGACGCUUAUUUAUCGAUUGAUUUCAACCAUUUUACCGAAUAUUUAGAGCACGUUGAACUUUACGACAAAAUUGGCGACGUGCUCAUCGAAAACGCCGACUACAUGUAUCAAUACGGACAUGGCUUCGAUGAAGUGAUAAAAUCUUGUCAAUGGAAGCAUAUAUAUGAUUGCAAAAACAAACAAGCUUGGAGGCAGUUCUGGCAUUACCAAUAUGGAAACUGCUACACUUUUAACAGCGGAUACAACAGCACCAAUCAUAAAAUCGAACUUCUUAGCGUUACCGAAACUGGAAAUGAAAACGGACUAUCUGUGACAAUGUACGUCAACCAGUCUGAAUUUUAUCCCAACUUAACUCGGACGGCUGGCAUCAUGCUGCACGUGGACGAGCAAGAUAAAAAAAUAGACUUACAAAACCACGCCUACAGUCUUGCACCAGGCUUCGCGCACGAAGUCACCAUAGAGAAAAAACGCUACGAGCGCGCUGACCCAUUCCAGAACAACAGCUGCAACAAACACUCUCAAAUCGACGUUGGCGUCAGAUCUCAUGGACAGAGAGUCUUAUCAAAAUAUUCAAAAGAGUUAUGUAAAACUGUAUGUUUUGCUAGAGUACUGAUUAAAGAGUGCGGUUGUUCUGGUUAUUGGUUACCUUCUUUGGAUAGCAACCUCACAUGCAAGCACGAACAUUUUGAGUGCACCGGUAAUAUUUACCUGUACUACAGGAAUGGUAGUUUACCAUGCGCGUGUACGAAUGCAUGCCAUGAAGUCAAAUAUGAUAUAGGGAUAUCAAGCAGCAAGUUUCCAAUAUCGCAAGAAGUUGUACGAAGGACGAUAAAUGAUGAUUUCGGUAUUGAAGAUGAAGACAGCUUAUUAAAAGUGACUCUUUACUUUAAAAGUUUCGAAUCCGUAGUGAUUGAAGACAAAACGUACUAUGAGCUCGAAAACUUAAUCAGCGACAUUGGAGGACAGAUUGGCUUGUGGUCAGGCUUCUCAGCUUUGACGUGCAUAGAAAUUAUAUAUUUUCUUCCAGGCUUUAUAGUUGCUUUUAGCUGGCUUUGUAAAAAUAAGGUCAGUAAUGCUAAAUGUUAAUGGUUGUUACACGAAACCCGAGUUUUGUUACCAAGGCUUGACGAAUCUCAAAAUUCCUAACAUAAAACGCAACUAGCAUUUCUACAUUAUUUAUAUUGAAAAUACAAUAUCUCAUAUUGUACAUGUAAUAACGGCGCGAACUUUUUGGAGUCUGGGUACUGAGAGAAAACAACAACAAAUGUUUACCUCAAAAAUCAAAAAAUUUUGAAAACAAAGCUACGCAAACCAAGAUUUUUUUUGGUAAUUUCGUCUGUGACAUAUGAAUGAAAUUUCAUUGUCCACAACUUUCUACGAUGACGGCUAUUAA